GUAAGAAGUUUAAAAGCGGAAUCUAUAACGAUAAAAUAUAUUUGCAUGUCAUGCAUUGUAUUGUCUUCAAAAUGUCCAAUAUACAAGAUAAGAAACGAUAUAAUCCGCGAAAAAAUCUCGCAAAGUGCUACACGACUUCGUCACGUUCGUAUUUUUAAGAACAUAUACCUCUCGUCUAUAUAAAUGAGCAGAAAAUUUGCUUAAGACUAUAACAGUUGCAAAGUGUGUAACAAAAUACAUCUCAUAAUAUAAAAGUAAUAACUUUAUAUACCAUAUGAGUUAUAUACCAUAUGAGUGAUAUAGAAAACAUAACAAAAAAAUGUGUCGAAGUAUUUGGGUUGGACUAUUAAUUUCAUGUGGAAUAAUCUUUGCAGAGAACGUAGUGCCGCAUGAUGGAAUGCAACAUCACACUUCACACGUGACUGAUCAAACUUCCCGAACCGGAAGAUUUGGCCUUUCCCAUAUUGAUGAGUUACGUAAAAAUAUUUGUCAGACGCUUUGCGCAUCUGCAGUCAUACCAUAUCCCAUGAGUCUUAUAUGUGUUGUGAAAUGUCCUGAAUUGUAUUUGCCACAUAGUACGACAACGGAAUGUCCAAAAUCGACAACUUCAGCUACAAGUAUUCAGCCUACUAUGCCUCAGCCCCCUCCUGGGUCUCAGCCGGCACCUGGUCCUGCAACUCCUGGCUCUGCACCUUCUGGUCCUGCAACUCCUGGCCCUGCACCUUCUGGCCCUGCAACUUCUGGCCCUGCAUCUUCUGGUCCUGCAACUCCUGGCCCUGCACCUUCUGGCCCUGCAUCUUCUACCCCUGCAUCUUCUAGCCCUGCAUCUUCUACCCUUGCAUCUUCUACCCUUGCAUCUUCUAGCACUGCAUCUUCUACUGCUCCUUUAGGUUAACCUGCAUUUCCUGCUUCUUAAGAAUAGACCAAGAUCGAAGGUAUCAAUCCGAAUACAAAGUACAGAAACCAUAUAAAGCGAACUAUGUUGCAUCAGAGUAAAAAGACAAAUAUAAUUUAAAAAAUUGAUAAGAUGAAUACAAUAUAUUAAUAGUAUUAAUGUAAAGUAUUAAUGUAAAAUUACUAACAAUAAAAGUGCAAAUGUAUGCAAUAAAGUGCAGUUGAAAAAAAUUAUUUUAUUCUUUUCGUAAAAGAUAUAUGUUAAGAUUAUUUUAUGCAAUCUGUGUAUAUUCAAUUUGUUAUAUUAUGCCGAAAACGUCUAACUUAAACAUAAUAAAAUAUAACAAAAA